AUGGCGUUUGUAUCUACAACUCUACAACCGCUUUCUCCUUUUUCACCAUUUGUCAAACAACAUAAUCCCAAUAGUAAUACUCAUGCCUUGCUCGCUUAUCAGACACCCAACUCUACAAACUCCCUUUUCUCCAAACGAGGAGGAUCCGUGGCUCACAAGAAACACACGUCCGUGGCUGUUCAUGGUGCACCGGAUCAGGUUCAGAGCUCCUGGACAAUACCCUUGUCGGAGGUUGUGGUGGUGAGAAAUAAGAGGGCAUUUUGGGAAAGGGGUUGGAAUUCUAGGGACGUCAGAAAUUUAGUCAUAGUCGUAGGGGUUCAUUUGAUGAGCCUCUCGGCUCCGUUCUACUUCAAUUGGGUGGCUUUUAAGCUUUUCCUUUGGCUCUUUUGGGUGAGCGGACUCUGCAUCAGCUUGUCUUUUCAUAGAAAUCUUUCUCACCGAAGUUUUGAUAUACCGAAAUGGCUAGAGUAUCUCUUUGCUUAUGGUGGUUCUUUGGCUAUUCAGGGAGACCCAAUAGAGUGGGUGAGCAACCAUCGGUACCAUCAUAAGCAUUGUGAGACAGAACGUGAUCCACACAGCCCUACACAAGGGUUUUGGUUUAGUCACAUGACUUGGAUAUUUGAUACCGGUUCUAUCCUCAAAAAGUGUGGUGGAGAGGAGAAUGUAAAUGACCUUGUGAGGCAACCCUUUUAUAGGUUUCUUCAGCGAACCAUCCUUUUGCAUCUGAUGGGUUUUGCUCUUCUCCUCUAUUUCUGUGGGGGCAUGCCCUUCCUCGUCUGGGGACUUGGUGUGGCAACUACAGUUCGACUCCACGGGACAUUUCUAGUGAAUUCAGUUUGCCAUAUAUGGGGAGCACGAGCUUGGAACACACCUGACUUCUCCAAAAACAAUUGGUGGGCAGCGAUUAUAACACUUGGCGAGGGAUGGCAUAACAAUCAUCAUGCGUUCGAGUUCUCCGCAAGGCAUGGACUCGAGUGGUGGCAGAUCGACGUUACUUGGUAUCUCAUUUGGUUUCUUGAAGCUAUUGGUUUGGCCACUAACGUUAAGUUACCUACUGAAGCUCAGAAGAAGAGAAUGGCUUAUAAUUAG